AAAACAAGCCCCAGUUAACGGAGACGUCAAAACUGUAGCAGAUAAACCCUAAUAAUAUUUGAUUUAGGAAUUGGGAGCUAACCGGGAAGAUCCAUUUCGAGCAGUCGGAUACAGAAAAUCGGUGCAAAACGAGAGCGAGAAAAUGGCGAUGAAUUCAGUGAAAUGGGGCUAUGUUCGGAUCAUAACUGGCACCAUUCUCGGCGGCGUUCUCGGCUUCUACGUGAUGCACCGAGUCGAAAUCAGCUACAAGGAGAAAAUGAAGGAGAGAUUGAGAAAAUACGAGAAUGAAUUGAAGAAGAAGGAGAAGUUGAAUGAACUUGAAGAAUCUGUCUAGCUUUUUUAGCGUUAGUAACAUUUUCCCUUGUUCCCCUAAUAAAUUGGGUAUAUUUCUUUCACUCCUCAAGAUUUAUUUAUUUUUAAUGGUAUGUGUGGUACAGCAAUGAAUCGAUCCUAGCUCUCAACUAGAAAGAACUCUUAGUUUGAAACUUGAGAUGAAUGGGAGGGAUUUAGGAAAGGGGAGGGCUAUUCAGUAGUAUAGCACUAUAACCCAUCAUCAGAUUGGAUGUACUCAAAAAAUGAAGCACUACUUCCAGUUUAACACAAGAUUGUAAGUUGCCCCUCGUAGCUGAUCAGUGGUUGCUUCUGUACUUGUAGUGAAUUUGGUCAAAAUGGGGUUUGAUGGGGAUAAAGUUCUCAACUUUGUUUGUUCUAUUUGGAUUAUUAUAAUUUUGAAAGCCCAUUUGUAACAUGCACUGCCAGUUUUGUUGAGUUUGGUAUUGUGUAUCUGUUGUUUUUUUGGAAAUACCAUAGUUAAUGCGGGACUCAAAUUCCUCCU